UACAAGUGCAAUUCAGAACGUGUUAAUCGAAAGGGACUUAUCGUAAUGCUGCCGUAACUACCACCCUUAGACACAUCUCUACCGGCGCAAAUAAAUCGGAAAUUUUCGCAGAAGUUAAAACAAAAAAGUCAGCUCCAUAAACAGUCUAUUAUACGGAAAGCACAGAUAAAUUGUCUGAAUCUAUAUACACAUCGAACUGAAUAGUACAGGUCGAACUAAGUGAGUAACUGUAAAUCAAUAUGGCGAACAAUAACUACGCCGGGUUCAACUACGGCGGCACCCAAUACAAUACGGGCCAAGUCUCGUACCCGGCGGUGACAAACGCGACUUAUGCCAAUGCGGCGGCCUAUCAGAACGCUGCUGUGGCUGCCGGCCAGGGUGGCUAUGCAGCAGCCGGCGCUGGCGCUGGCUCAGGAGCUGCCGCUGGCGGGGGCUAUGGCAGUGGCGGUGGCGGUGGUGGAUAUGGCGACUACCGCAGCGCCAUGCAAUCAUAUGACGCCAGCAAGACAUUCUAUCAGCAGGCGCCGGCCAGCUACAACACGUCGGCCACGGCAGCUGCAGCAGUCAGCAAAACUCAUUAUUCGGCGCCGCCUGUUAAGAAUCCUGUGAAGAGUGGUGGUGGCAAAAUGGACAAAUCGAAUGGCACGGCACCAAAAACUCCCAGUGCGAAUCCAACCGCUGGCAACUAUAGCGGCUAUGAUACGGCUCUCUAUAAUGCAGCCAGCAUGUAUGUGGCACAGCAACAUCAGAGCGGUGUGGGUGGCGGCGGCGUCGGAGGAGCUCCACAGAAACCAAAUGGUGGCUCCAAUAAUUGGUAUCAACGAAAAAUGGGCAUGGGUCCCGCAUUUCCGGGUGCAGCUGCAUUGCGUGGUCUACGUCCCAAGGCCCCGCCGAGACCACAGCAAUUGCAUUAUUGUGAAGUCUGCAAGAUCUCUUGCGCCGGUCCGCAGACCUAUCGUGAGCAUUUAGAGGGCCAGAAGCACAAGAAGCGCGAAGCCUCACUCAAGAUGCAAGCCAGUGCCACAACAACCACUCAGAAUCGCGGCAAUAACUAUCAUUGCGAGCUUUGCGAUGUCACUUGCACCGGAACAGAUGCCUAUGCGGCUCAUGUGCGCGGCGCUAAGCACCAGAAAGUUGUCAAAUUGCAUCAGAAACUGGGCAAGCCAAUACCAUCGGAUGAACCGAAGAAAUUGGGUAAAAUUAAUUUUGUUCCAGCUGCUGGAGAAGCCGGAGCAGCUGCAGCAGCUACUGGCACGGCAGCAGCUGGCGGAGCUGCAUCAAAAACAGAAGGUAACACUAGUGGUGGUAAUGGUGAUAGUGAAUCUGCCACCGGCACGGACAAUCUUGAUGACCAACUCGACGAUUCUUUGGGCGAGAAUACUGAUAACAUCAAACCAGUUGGUGGCGAAUACAUUGAAGAGGUCAAAGAUGAGGAGGGUAAAAUCCUCAGUUUCAAUUGCAAACUCUGCGAUUGCAAAUUCAACGAUCCCAAUGCCAAGGAGAUGCACAUGAAGGGUCGGCGACAUCGCUUGCAAUACAAGCGGAAAGUUCAACCCGAUUUGGUUGUAGACUUUAAGCCAACUCCACGACAGCGUCGCCUAGCUGAGGCACGAGCUCAGCGUGCCCUCAUGUCAUCGCAUCGUGGCGGAGGCGGCGGCGGUGGUGGCGGCGGUGACGACCAUGAGAGUGGCGGCAACUAUUGGGAGGAGCAAAGAAAUCGCCAAUACAACGAGGAAUAUGACUACAACAAUUGGAUGUCCCGCAGCUUUGGUGGUGCCCAGCGCUUUGGACGCAUGGGGAAUGGUCCGCCACCGCACUUUGGCAUGAUGCCCGGUGGAAAUGUACGUCGUCCGGAGAGUACCGACGAUCGUCAUGCGAUUGCUCGACAUGCCGAAAUCUAUCCCAAAGAGGAGGAAUUGCAGACCAUACAGCGCAUUGUCUCGCAUACAGAACGAGCAUUGAAACUGGUCUCAGACGCCCUCACCGAACAGCCCAAUGACACCGGACCGGCGGCUAAGAAAGAGAAAACAGACAAACCAUCGGAAAAGGAUGGAAGGGACAACCAGAUAUUUUCGUUCCACAAAGAUGCCGACAAUGGCGGCAACAUAGUACGCAUUCUCAAGGGUGUUAUGCGAGUUGGUUAUUUGGCCAAAGGAUUGCUGCUCCAUGGUGAUAGUGCCGUUGAGUUGGUUGUUCUCUGUGCGGAGAAACCAACAGCUGGAUUGCUGCAGCGUGUGGCCAAUGUGUUGCCGGAUAAGCUCAAGGAGGUGGCAGGUGACAUUCAGGUCAACUAUCGCGUCGAGGUCAAUGCCGAGGAUGCUGCUGUCAUAGUGCUCGAUGACGCUGUCUCAGUGAAAAUCACAUUAACGUCCCCAUUGCUCCGUGAGGCUAAUCCCGCAGAGAUUGCAGCAGCUGCUGCUGCUGCUGCAGCGUCAACUGCCGAUGCAGAGUUUUUGCCACGCGAGCCAUGCCUAAGGGCCCUGGCGGAUUUACGUCACGCUAAAUGGUUCCAGGCCCGAGCCACUGGACUGCAAUCAUGUGUCAUGGUCAUACGUAUAUUACGUGAUCUUUGCCAGCGAGUUGUCUCCUGGCAAGCCUUGCCACAAUGGUCCCUCGAAUUGCUUGUGGAGAAGGUUAUAUCAUCGGCCGGUUUUCCCAUAUCACCCGGCGAUUGUAUGCGACGCAUUAUGGAGGCAUUGGCUUCAGGUUUCCUAAUCAAUGGACCAGGCCUAUUGGAUCCCUGCGAAAAGGAUCCGACCGAUGCGUUACAAGAGCUAACCAAACAGGAACGCGAAGAUCUCACUGUGUCGGCGCAAUUGUUUUUGCGUUAUAUUGCUUUCCGACAGAUCUUCAAGGUUCUCGGUAUGGAUCAACUGCCGGCCAUGAAAUUUCCCAUGCGUCCUUGGCGCAUUAAUCGUAAACGUCGCCGUUCCUCGGGCAAAGCGGGUGUCGGCGGCGGUGAGGCUGAAUCAGCUGACAUCGAUGAGACCGGCUCGGAUGAGAAGGUGGCGAAGAAGGAAGGUGGUACCGGAGGAGUCAGUGCAACUGCUGGUAGUGCUGCUGCUGCUGGCGGUGUUGCCGCUUAAUUAAAGCGUGCCAACACAGAAGUAGGAUGUAGUCGGCUAUUAAAUAUAAAACACACACUUUUUUUCUCAAUUUAAGUGCGUCCCCACAAAACGGAACGAACGCCCACACUUACUAUUACAAAGAAAAAAACAAAAACUAUCUCUUAUAUCUCUACGAGUAUUCUAAACGAAAAAAAAAAACAUAACUACAAACUAAUUGCGCGGAGCAUCGUGAGAUCCGGGCAAGAGUUGUAACAUGUCCAACAUGCUGCCCCUCCUCCACAUUUCCCCCCACAAUUUGCAAUUAGCGAAACCAAAUGAAAAUUUCAAUAAGGAAAACUCCAACUUAAUAAUAUUUUAACAAUUAUAAGAAAUUAUAUAACAAAUUUCUAGAUAUUUGCUGAUUGAUAAGAAACGAAUAUACCAGAUUGUAAUUCGUUUUUAGAUGAAGAUGAAAAGAGGCUCAAAUUCUUGGCUAUCAUCGUAUUAUAUGAAAAAGUUUAGCCCAAGAGAGAAGAGCCUCAUACAACUACACGUUUCAAAAUACAUGCAUACUUAUAAAUAUAUAUAACAAGAUGUUUAUGAGACCGAAACAAAUUUUAA